CCAUCACCACCACCACCUCUACGACCACGACAACACAGAAACCGACAUACAUUCCUCCACCUGAUGACUUGUUUUGUAAUGUACCUGCUGAUGUUGGCAUUCUUCUUGACGGGUCGGACAGUAUUGCUGACGCUGACUGGACGAAGCAAAAAUAUUUCAUCGCUAGUCUGAUCAAUAACCUUGCUGUCGGCCGGGAUACGAUUCACGUCGGUGUUGUCGUCUUCAGUACAAUCAUUGGCGAGACGGUUGGCCUAACACCAUUUAAGCCGAAAGAACUGCUCAUGAUUUUGUCAAACAACCUCAAGCAACCAAAGGUCGGCACAAAUACCGCAUUAGGCAUACAGCGCAUGCGUCAAAUGCUUGCAAGUCAAGGUCGUGCAAACGCUCCAAAAGUGAUGAUCAUUGUUACUGAUGGUAAAUCCUCGUCUCCUAAGAGGACGGUUGCCCAAGCAAGUCUGGCUAAGAAGGAAGGCAUCACUGUGAUCGCUGUUGGUGUAGGAUCUCAGUUGUUUCGAGAGGAACUUAGUCAAAUCGCAACCAACGAUCGAAAACUAUUUACCGUAUCAGAUUUCCAGGGUCUGCAACAGAUCAUAGUGACACUGAGAAACUUGAUUUGUCAAG